ACAAGUCAAUCUCUGAAGGUGAGGGAUGUCGAAUUAGGAAGUCUGCAUUCGGAUAAUACAUCAGACUAUGGAAUGGAAGAUUUUUUUAAGCAGGUCACUGGAAUUGAGAAGAUGAUGGAAAAAAUAUCCAAUCACCUUAAGAAGCUUCAGGAAGCAAAUGAAAAUUCCAAGUCUGCUACUAAAGCCUCUUCGAUGAAAACAAUUAGACAGCAAAUGGAGAAGGAUGUCGAUGAAGUUGGAAAAAUUGCUCACAUGAUCAAAACCAAACUACAGGAAAUUGACAGAGAUAAUUUAGCCAACAGAAAUAAGCCUGGCUGUGAGAAGGGAACAGGAGUCGAUCGAUCCAGGAUGGCUCUGACUGCUGCUCUAAAGAAGAAAUUGAAGGACAGAAUGAAUGAUUUCCAGAAUCUCAGGAAAAGUAUCCAAGAUGACAACAGAGAGGUGGUUGAAAGAGCGGUGUUUACAGUCACUGGAACAUUACCAACUGAUGAGAUGAUCGAUCGCCUGAUUGCGAAUGGAAACAAUGAGCAAAUCUUCCAAAAGGCAAUUCAAGAAAUGGGUAGAGGGCAAAUAAUUGACAUCAUAGAGGAAAUCCAAGAGAGGAAUGAUGCUGUGAAGGAGAUUGAGAGAAAGCUACUUGAUUUGCAUCAGGUUUUCAUGGAUAUGGCUGUAUUGGUUGAGGCACAAGAAGAGAUCCUGGAUAACAUUGAAUCUCAGGUAGCCACUGCCAUGAACCAUGUGCAAUCUGGAAAUAAUGAAUUGCUAACUGCAAAGAGCCUCUCAAAAAGAUCAAGGAAAUGCAUGUUUAUCGCUAUAGUGAUCCUCUUGGCAAUUGCAGCAGUCAUUGUGCUCUCAAUCCUGAAACCAUGGAAGUGA